CUAACUAAUGAGAUUGUAAAAUACCCCGCUAAGUAAAACUGGUCGUUCAAUUCUAUCAAAGUUUAAAAAAAUGCCACCACCAAACAAUCAAACACCUGACGAUGCCGCAGCGUGACAUUUGCUUUAUUAGUUCUUAGCGUCGUAAACUUAACAAAAAUAGAAAACAGAUUUCAUUUCUUUACUUCAAGUCUCGACAACACUGUGAGCGAUGAAGCCCAAGAACUUUUUACUGACGUUCGUGUUUGCUGUUGUUUUACUUAGCAGAAACACACACUGCCAUGAUCAUCACCAUUUUCAUCAGGCCCACCACGAGCAAAUAAGACCAGGCCAUGAAUCAAACGAAGAUAAUAAUUUCGUAAAACGGCAGAACGGAGGAGAUCAAGCACCAAGCUCAGACGAAAGCUCAAGCGCUCCAUCUGUUCCAACGCCGGACGUGAAUAUUGAUGUUGGUGAGGUGAUGGUUGGUAGCGUCUCAGAAUCUUGCAAGGGUGCCCUCCUUGAACCUACCUUCGUCCUGACCAGUGCCACGUGUGUCUACCCCAAUCACACCGCUGAGCCGUUUGCAAACAUCUCCUUCUCUCUGGGAAAAGAAAUAAAACCUGUUAAAAGGGUGUUUCGCAAUCCUUACUGGUUUCUAACAGGAAAACGAGAUGAUAAUUUAGCGCUGUUGCAACUUGAGCAACCGAUGCCUCCUGUUAAUCAGAAAAACUUACUCUCAAUGUCAUGGAGUUCUUACGGUCUUGAAGAUCUUGGUGAUAGCUUUAUCGCCGACCCGGUGGCGACGAGCUGCGACACUGCCUCAAAUACUGCUCGUAAAGGUGACACCAUUCGUCAUAUGGAUGACAAAGUCAUCACAUUAUCUUGCUCAAAUAAGGGAAAAUUUGACGUCGGAAGUCCAAUAUAUCGGAUGGUGAAUGGUGCGCCUGUCAUCUAUGGGGUGUACUUUGGCCACUGUACCUCGGGCUCACUGGAUCGAGCAAUAUCGGGUUCGUGCGGAGCGCGCAUCUCGAAACAGGCCUUCCAAGAUUUUUGCCGCCAUGCCAUGACGGAGGGGGUGGAGUUGACGUCAUGUGAUAGCAAACUGCUGCAACGCACACAUGUGAACUUUCCAACGACAGUAUUUUCCCGAGAAACUUACGAUGCAAAGACUGAAAGAAACCACAAUCAUAAAGCUGUUGUCCUUGCAUAUCAUAGCUCUGCCUCUGACUAUUAUCAAAGUUUUGUGGAGGAUAUGGAGACGAUACAACGCCUAAAAUCAGUUUAUAAUCAAUUUGAAAUCGCAGUAGUUGACGUGAACAUUCUGCCUAUACAGAUCAAAGGUGUACCUUUUAUUGAAUACAGAACUGUUUCAAGCGAGACAUUUAUACCAUACAACGACAAAUACGAUUUUACAACGUUUCGAAACUUUAUGGACGUUUUUGGUAAAGUCGGUGCACCUCCUAUUGGUACAACAUCAUUCCUCCAGAGUCUUCACUUCGAUAAAAGAUCAGGAAUUCCGGAAACAAGUGAAGCUGGAAGUCACGAUGAGAAUGUUCUUCUGUUGAAAUCAGGCGUUAUUCUAAGUUCAACUGGUUCGAAAUUUGUGCCAGAUCCCUCACCAUGUCACGCGACCGCGGGAUAUUAUUUAGUGGAAGACAAGAAAUGCGCGUGUAUGCCAACACACUUUGGUAGUGGCAAUAACUGCGUAGCAUUACCGACCGUGUUGCAAGACCACUGCACCUAUAGGAUAGGCGGCACAGACAAUACCUAUAGCAAGAUUGUUGCAGACGCUGGUCAGGCAAAUUGGUGUAAUGACGUCAAGGGUAUUCGUGUCACAGUCACAGGCUCUAACCCGCCGACUGGUCUGACACCUGAAUUCUGCGCUAACGCAAUUGCUGAUAAGGUUGAGUGCUCCCAUAACAAUGACUUGAGAAUCGUCCAUGACAAACAUGCUGAAGGGAAAAAAAGUUAUGUCGGCAAACGCAGUACAGUUAACACCAAAUCAGCAUCCCCACCUCAAAGUUACCUUGAAAAUUUCGAGGGUAACACCCCACCCGGUCCCAUCACCCAUGCCCCUAACACCCACUACUACACUGUUAAAGGCGAAGGGGGUAUCGCAUCUGCAACUCCAUACUCUGUAUUAUUUGAUGGAAACAGAGGAAUACCGGUUUUUGUUGGUUAUAAAAUAAGCAAUGCAAACAUGAAGGCAAUUUCUAAUACCAAGAGCUGGCUGAGAAACAGAUGGACUAAGCUGACUGAAAGUUAUGUUCGGAUUGGAUCGAACAAGAUCUACCUCGACCGAAGCGACAAGAAAUACCCCGAGGGGGUGGAAGAAGGGCAGUUGAAUCCAAACCAAAUGCAUACAUACGCAGACGCCUCAAUGGACCUGACUUUCAACCAUAUCAAUGCGUUUCCCCAGUAUACAGAUUUCGCUCAAGGCGUGUGGAGGAAAUACCAAAACAAGAUUAUUUCCUAUGCUAAAGAUAUUUGCAGCGCCAAGGACGUUAGCGCAGUCUUCUAUGCCGUCAGCGGUGUGUCGGAUUACGAAUUGACUGGUGUACGGUCUAGCGCGUUCCUUAGACCAGCCACGUUCUGGCCGGUGGCCUACGAAGGAGCGGUCACACAACCAGACGGUAGCCCGGAACUGGAAAACGGGUUGGCCAAAUCUAUUAUACAACCGAAAUCAGCGUGGACAGUUGGUUGCUGUGCGUGGACAAAGGCUGGGGUUAAAAAUGCGCAAUCAGUCUCAUUCUGGGCAAAUAACAAGCCAAGAGGUGUUCCCAAGUAUGAGGUCCAACCUGACCUUUCUACCCUUCGUAAAGCACUGUUCCCUGGAAAGCAAUGCUUUAAGUUCUUCCCUGCUAAUUCGCUAUGCAACAGCGCUGAGAAUCACUUCACAAUGGAACCAUAACGAACCAUUUAGCAUACCAAGACUACUACAUCUAAUUUGAUCGCAAAUAUUACCUUAAGUUUACGCUUGUCAACGUGAACAGUAUUUAGUGGUUAUUACAGUUAAAAUUAA